AUGGGUACUUGUCUAAGCAAAAAGAAACUCUCUCCUCCUCCUCCUAUCCAAAAACGACAACCACUUGAAGACUCUGAAUCUGCUCCUGCACCUGCUGCUGUUGUGAGGACUUCCAGUUGCACCAAGGAAGAGGUGGACGCCAUUCUCGUCCAGUGCGGGAAGCUCAGCCACAGCUCUUCCGGUAAAGCCGCUUCCUUCUCCUCGGCUUCUCGCUCCCGAAAGUACUCUGGAUCCAAGAGGAGCUACGAUUUCGACAACAACCUUGUCGAUGACGGCAUCGUAAAGUAUCCAUUUUCCUUCGUUAAAAUGGAUACUUUAGCGGCGACAGUGGAGGAGAAGCGCCCCCGAUAG